UUCUCGUGCUACCCAUGCAAUUCCGUAAUCUAUCUCCUUUAUCUCAAACCAUGCAACAAUGUUAAACAAUGAAUCCAAACAAGAAAGUACAGAAUUCUAAGAUCAAUCAAGCCAUAGAAAGUCCAUGGCUACUGUGUCCAUCGAAGAGUUUUCCCGGAAAGUUUUACUAUUUCAAUGGUUCAACCGGAGAGACCGCAUGGAGCCUUAGCGAUACAGAUAAAAACUUGAAAAAGGGCCCAAUCCAUAGAGUAACAGAUAAAGCUCACACCUAUCCUGAACCUUUUGGUGGACCUGAACCCCUAGAUGACAGUACCAACACAACAAACUCCUUAUCACUCAAAAAUACUGGCAACACAUUCACCAACAAUGCCGACGUCAGGCAUUCUCACAUAUUCGGGCAAGUGGUGUUCCCAAAACAUGUCCCACCGCACUCUACACCCAAAUUUAUAUGGACACUGACACCUAUAUAUAUGCCAAGUCAAAUGCCACCACACAGGCAAAUCGCGGAUCAAAUAACACAGACAUAUGAGCCAGAGCAACCAAUGUUGGUGCCAUCUUUAAACAGCCAUUUACAAGCAUUAAAAAUACCAACUUUCCCUCCAGAGUUCCAAUUUCAGCCGUUUAAAGAAACACCAAUAUUUAAUCAAACUUCAAACUUUGAACCAGUUACCAAACCUAAGAUGAAAGAUGAAGCUUGUCAAACAUUUGUACCAAGACCCCAAAUACUUAGAACCCAAUCAGAAAGCGAUACAACAACAACAUCAGAUCUAAAACGAAGCAGGUCUGUGAAAAAUCUCUCAUUAACUAAAGAUGUGGAAACAUCAACUCUAAGUUCUCCAAGUAAGGUUGAGAAUGGAAAUGACAAGUUUAGUGAGCUAGCUAAGAAUGAUUUGAGGUUCAAGCUGGUGGCUAAAAAGAAGAAAGUGGAAACGGUGGUGCGAGAGAAGGCAGAAACAUCAACAGACCAAUCAAAAGCAACUAAAAUACGGGAAGGCUUAUCACCAGAAGGUAUAUUGCCAAAGAAACGAGUGACCUUCGACCUUCAGGAGCCAGGUGCCAGCCACACCAGCUCUGAAGAUGUACAGGUAAUUGACCAGAGCCCCGAUCCUUACAAAGAAGGACUUCUGUGGUACGUCGCUGCCGACACGGAAGCGCUACUGUCGGGUUUGCAGUCUAUAGAGGAAUUCGUCAAAGGUGAUGCCAGCUGUCGAUUACUAGUCCCACACGCAGUAUACUCAGAGCUAGAAUCGCUGUGUCGGGGAGACAACGGAGCGGUAUCGGCGCGGCAAGUGCUCAGGAAGUUAAUCACCCACGAAAACUACAUCUUAGUACAAAGUAAACCAGAAUACGAGGUGACACCUGAAGACAGCAUACUACAGUGCUGUUGGAGUGUGCUACAAGAGGACCGCCAUGUGAUUCUCAUAACAAAUAACAAGAACAUAAGGAACAAAGCAAAAACAAUUAAUUUAAAAUGCUAUACUCUAGAUGAUAUCACAGUGGAAGAACGCAUUGAUAUCGAAAUCGAAUCAGUGCCCAAAAAUGAUUUAGCAAAGUUAAAAAUUAUAGUAACUAAUGAUAGCAAGAACUCAAUAACAGUAGAAAAUGAUACAAAGAAAUCAGAAAUUAAUGGUCUUUCAUUGACUAAACCCAAUGGUUUUAAUAUACGUCCGUCUAGAAUAAAUCUAUUUACCGCUGAUAAUGAUAAUAUAUUCAGCAAUAUGGACUCUAGUUCUGAUAAACUAAUAAAUUUGACUAGACCAAAGGAGAAAGUAAAAACUGUAUUCAGUUCUGAAAUACACAACGUAAAAAAUCAAAUUGUGAAUCUUAGUUUUACAGAAAAUAUUCCUGUACAGAAUCGAACUAAACAGAUUAAGGAAAAUGUGCUUCGGAAUAUGGGGCCUAAUGAUAAAAUCGGCCAAAACCUAUCCUUUGAUCUAGGAAAGCAUUGUAAACAAAAUGCCAGUGUCAAAAUAAAUGUAGAUAAAAGUAAUCAGAUUGUACCAAAAUUUUUUGAAGAUAUUGACGCAAGCGACUUAGGUAUAAGAAGACUAAACAUGAUAGAAAAUACUCAAGAAAAAUCUAGAGAUACUAUAAAAGUAAGCGAUAUUACCAAAUUGAAUAAUCAAUUCAAUUUGGAAGAGGAAUUAAGAAGAUUUCGCAUAAAAAACUCUGUAAUGGAAACCAGAGUUAAAAGUAGAUUAGACGAAUUUGUUUGUCGCUUGAGUCAAACUAUUGAAGGAGCUUUAACAGAUCUUCUUUUAAAAGAAAAAACUAAGUCUAAAAUAAUGACGCCAAUUAAGAAUCCUCUGUUUGAAGCAAUACAAGGAACAGGUAAAAUAUUCAAAAAGCACACAAAUAUAAAACUUAUUAUUGAUCAGUUUCCAAUAGAACUGAUAAGUUGCAGUUUUAACAAUGGAAAAUUAAAGAAAGAUUUAAAACCAAACGAAUUUAUGAAACUAGUGGGUUUCAGUGUGAUUCUUAUAGAACAAUUGAAAGAGAUUGUUAAUUGUAAAGAACUGUACGAAGCAGAAGAAACGUUAGAGUAUUUGAUCAAAAACAUAGAAGAUCCUAAGACUGAUAUAGACCUGUCUUUAGAAAAAGUCAACACGUCUAUAUUUAGUAGAAGUGAAGUGGACAAACCAAAAACAGCUUUCAGCAAAAGUCGAACGGAAGUUCUAGAAUAUUUGAAAAAACAUUUUGCGGCGGGGCAAAGUGAAACAGAUACGCCAGAUACUGUUGAUGGCUUUGAUAAUGAGCCAAAUAUACUUAUAACUUCUGGUAAAAACUUGAAUACGCUAAAAAUUUAUAACACUAGAGUUAUUACUGUAGAAAAGAAUACAAACAGUGCGCCCAUUAACAUACAAACUAACAAUGAAAAAAACGAGAAAGUAAAUGUCAAUAAUCAACCAAAAGUAAUAAGAAACGUAAAAAUCAUAGACGCUUUUGAAGAAAGACUUAAAAAACAAGCACAGUUGGAGUUAGAUGAGCUUGAUUAUGAAGAAAAUGGGUAUAUUACUGAGAUUAAAAGUGAAAAACCGGAUGGAUACGAUGUUACAGAUGACUUAGUGUAUACUAUAUCAGAUAUUACUGAGAUUAAAAGUGAAAAACCGGAUGGAUACGAUGUUACAGAUGACUUAGUGUAUACUAUAUCAGAUAUUACUGAGAUUAAAAGUGAAAAACCGGAUGAAAACGAUGUUAUAGUAAUAUCAGAUAUUACUGAGAUAAAAAGUGAAAUUAAAAUUGAAAAACCGGAUGAAUACGAUGUUAUACAUGACUUAUGUGUGUCAGAAAGCAACGCUGAUACAGAAUGCACCCAAGCGAACCAAUUGGUCAGGAUAUUUUUUGUUAAGGUGAAGAGUACUUUAACACGGAUAUUUAACUUCAUCAAUACAAGCGUACAAGAGUAUCAAGAAGGUGGCAUGAGCUUGGACAAAAAAGCUGAUAUAAAAUGGAAAAGUGAACAUGCUCAUAAUUCCUUGCUGAAAAUUGCUGAAAGUUUGAAAAAUAUCAUCGCAAGAGAAUCUGGCGACGGGAUGAAACUGAAAGACCUCAUCAGAGCAGGAGAUUAUGAAGAGGACGACGUUCUCUUGUCUAAUUACAAACAAACAGUAACCAAGUUCCUUGAGCAAGUUUAUAAACUGGAAGAAGUUCUACAAUAUCUGUUAUCUAUCUCUAACGCUGGGAGUUCGAAAGAGAGCGACAGAACAAAUUGUCCUUUAGAUACCGCAAGCCCGAUUCUUCCCUCACGCAUGCAAAGGAAAGUUUUACCACCAACUAAUAGCAGAUAAGGCGUAGUCAUAGACAUAUUUGGGCUUUUUUUUGUAGUGAUUUUUUUUCUAAGGUAAAUUUAAUGUUUUUCCAACUGAGAAGAGGUAAUCAAGAUAAGCCUGAUGAUACUGAUAUCACACGCAGUGCAAGUGUUAUUUAUACGUCUUAAUUAGGGUUCCGUACCUCAAAAGGAAAAAACGGAACCCUUAUAGGAUCACUCGUGCAUCUGUCUGUCCGUCUGUCACAGCCUAUUUUCUCCGAAACUACUGGACCAAUUAAGUUGAAAUUUGGCAGACAUAUGUAAGUCUGUGACCCAAAGACGGACAUGUAACGUAAACAAAUGAAUUUUAAACAUGGCACUUUUGGGGGGUAAAUGAGAGAAUUAAAAAAUAAAGUUUUUCAAACUUUAUCGUGUUACAUAUCAAACGAAAGAGCUCAUUGUGAGAAUCUGGAAUAUAAUUUUUUUUAAAUUUUAAACGGUUUAGAAGUUAUUCAAGAAAAUAGGCAAAAAUCCCUUUAUCUCCGAAACUACUAGGUCAAAAAUUUUGAAUAAAUACACAAAAUAGAUCUUUACCUAUAGAAGACCUAUUAGAAAUGUGCAGUCAAGCGUGAGUCGGACUUAAUUACUUAUUUUUGAUCCGACCCCUACAGGUUUUUUAAAGACAUUACACAUAAAAAAUACGUUGUUAAAAUUGUGUAAUGUACGGAACCCUUGAAACGAGAGUCCGACUCGCACUUGGCCGGUUUAUUUCAUAGAAGUUUGACGUUUAAAAUAACACUCGCACUGCGUGUGCUAUCAAAAUCGCUGCAGACUUGUUUUGGUUACUUCUAUGAUUAAAUAGCUAAUGAAGGCUUGUACCUAUCGCGUUUACGAAUAACGCCAUUUACUAAGAAUCCUGUCCACUUACAAUUAGCCUCAUGUAUGCUUAUAUUUGAACGAAAUAUGUUUUAUUCGGAUGUUUGUUACCGUUAUAUCAUGUUACAAAUGCAUUUCCGUUUUUAAAUUACCAUUUAAUUACUUAAAAUUAUAAAUAAAAAGUACAAAAAUUUGCCUGCGAAAAGCUAGUGAGCGAAACGCUCGAAACGCCACGUGACGUCACGCGUUCGACAGAUUAGUGUCAUUAGUAGCAAACGUCAGUUGGGCCGCCCAACGUGUGACGUCAUCACGCUCUGUCGAAUUCGCGCCAAAAAUUAUGAGCGUUUCAACCGCUCAAAAAUUUUCAACAUUUUAAAUAUUUUUUUAAUAAAAUAAUGUUAAGGUUUACAAAAGUAUUUUUAUCAUUUCCGAUGUUCCAACGAUAUAAAUUAUGAAUCCAAAACUAAAAAUAAAUUCAUGCAUGGAGCUAAUUUAACUUUCAUGAAGGUUUAACAUAAGUAGUCGGGGUCAAGUAAUUUGUUUAGUUGCAGAAUUAUCUAGGUGUAACUGUUAUCAUGACUUGUAAUGUGCCUUAAAAUGUGGUAUUUUCUAUAAAAAGGGACCUUAUUGUCGAUGGCGCUUACGCCAUUACAAACGAUGCUCCGGUAUAAAUACAAUGGCGCGCGACGCUGUGCGGCGUAAGCGCCAUCGACAAUAAGGUCCCUUUUCAUAGAAAAUGCCCCAAAUAUUGACUGAAUAUAAAUAAAAUGUUAAUUUAUCCAAAACUAAGUACAAAUACUAGAUAAUAAUAUGCUAAUUAAUAGAUACUGACUGAUAUUUUUAGUUUUAGAAUGAUUACAAUAUUUUUGACAUAAGAUUAUUGGACCUAGGGAAUGCAAACCGGUUUUAAUUUGUAUGAAAUUUCGGUUAAUAACCUCGGUAUUAACCGGUCUUUUCGUACAAUUAAAAACCGGUUCGCAUUCCCUAAAUUUGGACCCCAUACAUAUUAGAAGAAACUUUUUGUUCGAAUCUACUGGUUGGCUUAUCUGACGAUGAAUGACAUCGUUUUUUAUUAAGCACUACCUACCAAGUAUGAUUUUGUUUUUAUUUUAUUUUAUUUUUAUUUUUUAUUUUAUAAUUUUGUUAAAAGAAUAUAUUAAUAUAUACAUUGACAACACGUAUAUAAAUAUAGACUGAAGAUAAAAACAUGUAUAUAUUAAAACACAUAACACACGACACACAUCACAUACAUACGAGUAUAGUAUUUAAUCAAAACUAUUGCUCAGGGUUUGCAGUUCGGCUCCAAAAUGUAUGAACUACUAUUGCUGAAGGAAUAUUUUUACCAAUCAAAAAAUAUUCAGUCAAUAUGUAUAUUUCAAUCAAUAGAUCAUCGGUCGAUUAAAUAAUUUUUGUCAAUCAAGAAAUAGAUUGUCGAUUGUUAACUGUGACAGUAACUACUAUCGUUAAAUUUGCAUAGAUAUAAUUAGUAUGAGUUUUACCAUAGAGAAAUAAGUAUGUAUAGAAUGCUUACUCCAUACAUCAGUUUUGUUACCAAGUUGGGUUAUUUCGUAGUAGCUAGACAUCUAGCGUCUAGUAGUGGAUUUAUCAAUACUGCUAAUUGACACCAGAUGUCACCAGUGUCGCGUUUGACGAUAAAUGUAUUGCUAAAACAAUUUACAACUAAUAUUACAAGGAGUUGAGGAUAGAGUUCCGGUCAAUCCGAUUAUAAUAUUAGCUGAAAAUUGUUGAACAUUAGACUUUUCGUUCGUCGCGACAUCUAUUGUCAAGGACUGAUAAAUCCACUACUGGACGCUAGAUGUCGACUACGAAAAUAACCCGCGUUUUGGUAAGAAAACUCAUGUAUGGAGUUAGCACUAUCCUUACUUAUUUAUCUAUGGUUUGACGGAUGAUUUGAUUUUAAUAUAUGUAUUUGUCUAUCUUUUCACAAAUAAACUAUAAAGUCCGCUAAUCUUCUGAAAAUGCUUGCAAUAUAGAUUUUAUGACUAUUAAAACAAGAUACAAAAUCAAAUGUAUAAAUGAGUAAAUUGCAAAAAAAAUGUACAUAGUUAAGGACCUGUAAUUAGUCUAAACAAAGAUAGAUAUAACUCCGUAAUAGAUGGAUACAGUCUAAGGAAAAAACGUGCCUCGAAAAUCACGAAAAUUUGAUUCUCGAUCAGAUGGCGCCACUAGUUUUGGCCUACACUCGUAUAGAGGGCGUUGACUGUUUCGAUUGUUAUUUAUAAUUUUAACGCAUACCAGUGAAAGAACAUGGGUCAAAAUCAUAUAAAAAUAAUUAAUGCAACUAAAAAAAUCAUUUAUCCAUAUUUAAAUACAUUUUAUCGUAUUUUUAUAAAUAUUUAUUUUUAGUUUAAGUGUGUCGACAGAUGGCAGUGAAUUUACUGGGGUUACAAAAUUUACUAUGACAGUACCGCUCUAGUAUAAGUUACUCUAUGGUCUAAAGUUAAUUGAUUCCAUUCUGUUACGAUAAUUAAGCUAUUUCUAUUAAAGCUAUAUGCAUUAAAUUGUUUUUGCGUAUGCUAUAGACUUAUGUGUAUGAAUUAAGUACAAUAAAUACAAUUUACAUAGCUAAUUUUCGAAACACUGAAACUGGACAAAGACUAAUAACAGCUUCUUAAUUACGUACAAUUUUUUUGAAAUUCACUCAAUAACCAUCUGCCAAAUCUGUAGCAUUAUAAAAUGUGGAAAGUAAUUAGUAAGAUUAGAUAUAUUUUCGUUACUUUAGAUUGAUAUUCAAUUGUUUGUUAAUUCAUUAUAAUUAAUAAUUAUAACCAGUCACCAUCACUCUGUCAUGACACCGAACAUUCGUCAGCCGUGCACGGAAUUCGCGCGCGGACAGUACCUAAUGUAAUGUAGUGGAAAAUAUUGAAGACACACUUCAGAUAGCUGUUGUAGAUGGCGCCUUGCGGUCCCACUCUAUACGGUAACUAGGUUGUCAAGCGUUGGACAAUCCAGUUGCUUCAAAACGACGGCACACAGCGCCAUCUACUCCAGCUAUUAAAUAUGCGGCUUAUUAUCUAGCACAACUUUAGUUGCAUUUUUUCUGACUGCAACAUACACGGUGGCUAAAAAAUAAGUGCAUUCCCGUUGCCACGGAGUUUUUGGGAUUAUACUGAGCAACUUUUACUAUGGGACCAACCCCGAAAUCGCGAAAAAAAUUUUGGCUGUUUCAUACAUUUUGGCUAGUCUAUUUUCUAUGGGAAAGUAAAUUUUUUUUCGACAUUUCGUGGUUGUUCCCAUAGUAAAAGUUGCUCAGUAUAAUCCCAAAACCUCCCUGGCAACGGGAAUGCACUUAUUUUUUAGGCACCCUGUAUAUGGAUCUUAAAGUUCUAUGAAACUUGUUUAAUGUUUUUUUUUACUAUUUUCAGUUGAUUAUGAAUAAAAAAUCG